GUUUCAGACAUGCUGCAUCAGCUUUUUGAUAUUUUUAUGAGCUGCGUUGACAUUCAGCAGCGCAUCGUACCGUCUUUGGAGGAGAAGGCGUCGGCAUGUACAACGGCUCUAACUCACCUAUACUAUGGACGUGUUCUUCAGGCAUAUCCUGACCGCGGCGAAUUCAUUAUCCGCGGGACAGGAGACUUCGACGUGUUUUAUGAGAUUUACGUGCGCAUAGCCGACCGAACGGUGCCUAGCACGACUCUAGAUCUUUGUUCAGAUGGCAGUAGCUGGAGUGCUUUUUUCCCAGAGGCUUGCCCUGACUCUGUCUAUGAGCGGUUGUCACAUCUUCUUCCUUAUCACUUCGUCACUGGGCAAGUGAACAAAUACAUAGAAAACCUUGCGAUAACAGUGAUAUCGAAAUUGCUAUCAUCCGCAUCCUCUCCGUCAAAUCAAAUCGUAGCCAAUUGCACUCUUCUUGCUUGCGUCAUGGUCGGGGCUCAGGUUGACAAGAAAGACAUAAUUCGGAUUGAUAAAAGGUGCCAUCGACUCAUUUGGUAGUUUUCUGUCAUGAUUAACAAAGAGAUGAUGUAGUUCUGCUCUGCCUCUACUCAGCGAGUCUCUUUUGGCGCAGUUCCAAAAGGCUUCCUGGGCAUGGAAUGGAGGCGAGCUUGACAAUGAUAGCACAGGAGUCGC